AUGGCGGGGCGCGCGGGGCCGAGUCGGGGCCGCGGGGCGCGAACUGCCUCUCCCCGCCGCGGGCGCGGGCGACUCGGCGGCGCUCGCUUGCUAGCUCGCUCCGCGCUCUGCCGAGCUGCAGUCGACGUCUGUUCUUGUCCAAGGAACUUCUCAGCGGCGGGGAGCGUGGGGCAGCGCGCUCCUGACCUUGCGCUCAGUCAAAGUGCCGCUUCCCCUCCGCAUCCAUCUCCCCAGGCCUCUCAUAGCUGGCUUCGUCGAGCUAUCAGAUGCAAACGGCACUUUAUAUACAUACCCACUCCCCUUACAUUGACAUAUUGGAUAUUUAAAUACAAGCCACACCUCAAUGGCAUCCCCUCGGAGAUUGGUGUUUCCUCGCUCUGUCCUGUGCCCUCCUCGGAGAUAUUCUAUCAGGAAGAGCGGCAGUUGGGGCGGGAACUGGAGGCAGCCAGGGCAACGGGCAGCGUUGAGAAGACCUGGGGAGCAGGUGCCCGGCCUGCCCCGCGCCCCGCGCCCCUACCCGGCACCAGAACCCUGGGGCCCCUCUCAGGGCCUCGCGCUCAGCGUCCUGCUCGCCUGCCUAUUAAACUGCGUUGUCUGCAGUUUGCACCCGCAUGGGGGCUCUGGCUACCUUCCCUGGCUCCGGGUCCCGCAGGAGAAACUGAAAGAGCGAGCACCCCAUCCCCGCCACUCCUUUGCAGCGCCUCCUGCUGGAGAACCCGUGUCUCGCGGCGAGUUGGAAUUCAGUCUCCAGGAGAGGAUAAAACCGACUCAGCUCAAUUCAGUUUGGAUUAUACUGAAAAAAGAAACUUCGCCGGCUAUAACUGUGGAGACUGCAAGUUUGGCUGGACUGGCCCCAACUGCGAUCAGAAGAAACCCCUGGUUGUCCGGCAGAAUAUCCACUCCUUGACCCCUCAGGAGCGGGAGCAGUUCUUGGGCUCCUUAGACCUCGCAAAGAACACGCCGCAUCCGGACUACGUGAUCACCACACAACACUGGCUAGGCCUGCUCGGGACCAACGGGACCCAGCCACAGAUCGCCAACUGCAGCAUUUAUGAUUUCUUUGUAUGGCUCCAUUAUUAUUCCAUUAGAGAUACAUUAUUAGGGCGCCCAUACAAGGCCAUAGAUUUCUCACACCAAGGCCCCGCCUUCGUUACCUGGCACCGCUACCAUUUGUUGUGGCUGGAAAGAGAUCUCCAGCGCCUCACUGGCAAUGAGUCCUUUGCUUUGCCCUACUGGAACUUUGCCACCGGGAGGAACGAGUGUGACGUGUGUACAGACCAGCUGCUUGGGGCUGCAAGACAAGAUGAUCCGACUCUGAUUAGUCAGAACUCCAGAUUCUCCAGCUGGGAAAUUGUCUGUGAUAGCUUGGACGACUACAACCGCCGGGUCACCUUGUGUAAUGGAACCUAUGAAGGCUUGUUGAGAAGAAAUCAAGUGGGAAGAAGCAGUGAGAAAUUGCCAACUUUAAAAGACAUACAAGAUUGCCUGUCUCUCAAGAAGUUUGACAAUCCUCCUUUCUUCCAGAACUCUACCUUUAGCUUCAGGAAUGCCCUGGAGGGAUUUGAUAAAGCAGACGGGACCCUGGACUCUCAAGUGAUGAACCUUCAUAAUUUGGUUCAUUCCUUCCUGAACGGGACAAAUGCUUUGCCACAUUCUGCUGCCAAUGAUCCUGUUUUUGUGGUCCUUCAUUCCUUUACUGAUGCCGUUUUUGACGAGUGGAUGAAAAGAUUCAAUCCCCCUGCAGAUGCCUGGCCUCAGGAACUGGCACCCAUUGGUCACAAUCGGAUGUAUAACAUGGUUCCUUUCUUCCCUCCGGUGACUAAUGAGGAACUCUUUUUAACUGCAGACCAGCUUGGCUAUAGCUAUGCCAUUGAUCUGCCAGUUGAAGAAACUUCAGAUUGGACCACAACCCUCUCAGUGGUUAUGGGGAUGCUGGUGGUCUUGGUUGGUCUUUUUGCACUGCUGAUUUUUCUUCAAUAUAGAAGACUUCGAAAAGGAUAUACACCCUUAAUGGAGACACAAUUAAGCAACAAGAGAUACACAGAAGAAGCCUAGAUGCUCACGCCUUACCCUAGAGAAGAGGCUGGCCAAGGCUUAGUUCUGACCCUGACAGUGAGCAAACGAAUCCUCACUGUUUUUCCUUUCCUUGAAGAUCUUUGGCAUAGCUCCUCCUGUUGUGGGAU